CUUUAAAUAAAAAAAAAUACAAUUUUAUUUCUCUGUCGUUCACUUCUGUAAACAGAAAAAGUGCAAGCCAACAAUAUCUCCGUCCUUCUGCUCUGAUUUAUUAUUAUAUAUGUGAAACUUUCAGGACUUCAACCUCCGCCUUGAAAUGAAUCCCAACCCUAUUCCACCACCCACUGACCCUUAUUACUCUUAUUAUUCCCAAAACCCUAAUACUCAAUUCCCUCUCCAACAACUCCAUCAUGUCUAUAAUGAUUCCUCCGCCACCACCGCUCUCAGACCACCUGGAGUGGACUCGUAUCCCUCCCUGAUCUCUUUCUCACAACCCAACGCCCUCUCUUAUGUACAAGCUGAUGCUUCUGGAUACUAUUUCGAUCCCAAUUUGCAGAAUUGGGCUGCCAAGGAGGCCGUCCGGCAGUACGGGGCUGACCCGGCUGGAUAUGGAGGCGCUGUUACUGUCACAAUACCUCAAGAUGGCACAGAACAGUUGGCGGUUGCACAUCCUGGGUCCACUUUGUGGACUAACUUUGCACUUCAGCUUCAGGGAAAUGGCACUUGGAAGAAACACCAAAAGAAAACAAAGGUUGUUCAGUCUGCAUAUUGUCAAAUUUGUAAAGUGGACUGUAACAGCAAUGAAGUACUUGACCAACAUAAAUUGGGAAAGAAACACAAGAAAAACUUGGAGAAAUUACAAGCGGCUGCUGGUGGUCCCAGUAAUUCAUCAGUGUCAUGUAAUCCAAUUAUUGGGCUACAAAAAGAUCCUGAUAAGGCCAAAGUUUUCAAUGGACAAAGGGGUAAGAAGAAAGCAGCUGCACCAGCAGAAGAUUUGGAGACAAAGAGAAGGAAAAUUGUUAAAGGUGGGGCAGCAUUGGGGGCAGUCAGAGUAUGUGCAAUUUGUAAUGUGGUGUGCAAUAGUGAGAAUGUAUACAAAGAUCAUCUCACCGGGCGCAAGCAUGCUGCAAUGCUAAAGAAACAUGGAGUAAUAAUGGUUGCUGCCACCUGAAUAAAAAAUAUUUGGAGUAGAAGAUUUGGCAAACCUAGUACUUCUGUGAUUUUCAUUCAUUACUAUGUCCAUAUUCUCGUUAGAAGGUGUUACCUGUUCUGCAUUGAUGAUGUUCUAGACAACAAACUUCCAUGCACAAUGUUCUUGUUGGCUAUUGAAAGACACAUUCAUUAAAGAGACUUCUGGUGUUCAUCGAGCAUUUUCACGAUAAUCCUAAAAUCCUUUUAGCCUCGAGACAUGGGUCCAUUCACUUGUAUACAAUUGCCUUUGUCUUCCAGAUGUUCACAUGUGAAUCUCUGGCACAGCGUGGGAGACCAAGAAUCUUAUGCAUGCUGUUGUAAAUUUUACUUUUAAUACCUUUUUUUUUUUAUCCAUCUUUUACUGGUAUCUCUUUAAUGGUAUUGUUUCAGGUUAAUUUA